GCAGUUUAGAUAGGUCAUAGGUGGCUUGUUGCGAUUUUUCAUGACUAAAUGUUAUCAUAAGAUAGAGAGACUAUUUUUAGUGGUUUUCAAUUCAUAACAUCAAUGAAUUGAACCAUAUACCAUCAGUAAUUCACCAUUAUUACACAUUUUACUUUAUUUUAAGUGUAUUCGAAGUAAAAGUAGAGCAAGAUGACUUUCGCCGAAUUCUUCAGCUGUUCCCUGCUGGCCUUUGGGCCCCCUCUUGUGAUGUUCGCAAUGACGAUCGCCAAUGAUCCUGUGAGGAUUAUUAUUAUGAUCGCGGCGGCGUUUGGGUGGCUACUGUCAUUCCUAUUAUCGUCACUUGUGUGGUUCGCUGUAGUGCCUUUACGGACAUAUUUAGUGUUUGGGAUGGUGUUUGCUAUUAUAUUCCAGGAGCUCUUCCGCUAUGGCAUGUAUGUGCUUCUCCGGAAGACUGAGGCUGGUCUAAAGGAGAUCUCGGAGAAUCAUGAGAUUGGCAGUAACAAGUUGGAGAUGGCUUACGUUUCUGGGCUGGGAUUUGGAGCAAUGAGUGGUGCAUUUGCUCUUGUCAAUGUCCUAGCUGAUUCGGUUGGACCAGGCACUCUAGGCCUUCACAACGGCACAGAAUAUUUUUUUGUUACAAGUGCUGCCAUGACACUCUGCAUGAUCCUGCUAAACACUUUCUGGAGUGUCAUCUUCUUCAGUGGCCUCGAUGACAAAUACUACCCAAAGAUAGUCUGGGUUGUUGGGUCCCAUUUCUUUGUAUCAGGAUUAAGUUUACUAAACAGGAAUGAACUGUAUGCAGCUACUAUUAUACCAUCAUAUAUAGUGCUGAUAGUAACGGCGUAUUUAGCGUACAGGUCUGCUGGAGGUACUGGUAGAAGCUUUUUGCAAAGCUUUUCUUCUAGAACAUAGAAUAGAAGUUACUAAGUGGCCCAGUGCCUAUGCUAAGAUGUAAAAUUGUAAAUGAUCAUUGAUCUCGUGAGAUAACCUGGCCUGUGACAUUUAGAUGUUGAACUUUAUAUGCAUCAAAGAUUCAGUUUCGGAAGUACUAGAUUUCUUUUCGGUAUUAAAUCAGUUUGCAAUUUAACAAGAACUUGUUUCCUGAUUUACGAAGUUGUGAUAGCUGACAAAAGAAUGUGUUUUGGAGAAUGAGUACCAAUACCACCAUUACCCUUCAUUCAAAUCCAUUGAUUGUCUAAUACUAGAAUCAUGUUCAAAUCGAUUGGUACUCCUAAUCAGAGGACUGCUGUUGGGUUUUGUAUUGAUACAGUGUCGGACUUUAUCAUUCUAUUUUUUUAUUUAUAUUGUAAUAAGUUUUAAAUAUAAGAUGUACCUAAUCCAUUCCCAAACAAACCAUGUUAAUUUUUUUUUUAAUUAGUAUCAUAAUGGAUUUGUGUUUACCUUAAAACACUAUUAACAUUUGAUUGGGCAAUGAUAUGUAUUCAAAAGGUAUUUAUUUCGUUUUAACAAGCCAAUGUCUACUAGACGGACAAUAAUGAAAUUAAUAAGAUAGAUGAGAUAAUAAAAGCUUAUAAAAUAGAUUUAACAUUAAUUUAUUAUAAAUUCAUUCCCUUAGCCUAGUUUAAUUGUACAAAUUGGACGGAAAAUUAUUAAUUAU